GAGGACACCGCUGUCCGUCUACCGUUCCUGGUCUGCGAUUGGCUGAGAGCGUCAGAGGGCGGCGACGUGCGCGUGCGGUCAGUCAGUCAAGAUCGCAGGGCGGAUCAGCGCGAGGCCGCGACACCGACACAAACUCUCUGAAAUCGACGGAAACGUAAGAGUCAUGGCGGAUCUGAGCUUGACCGACGCUCUGACCGACAGUGUUCCUCAAUCUGGCGUAGAGAACAUGGUGGAGAGGGAUUUCGUGGCCACGCUGGAGGCCGAGACCUUCGACGAUCAGGUCGGAGAGACAGUUGACAAGACGAACUUCAUCCCACUGCUGGACAAUGACGGGAAGGAUCCAGUAGUCAAGAACGCACAGCAGGAAGUUCAAGGGGCUCAAAACCCUGGCACUGUGAAUCCGCUGACCCCACGGAAAGAGACGUUUGGGACAGACUUACUAUCAGACUCAGGCUCACAGUCCAGCCCUCCGCUGAUGAUGGACAGCAGCCCGCUGGCAGCGUUCACAGGUUUCUCUCAGCCCAGCGUAAUGUCGGCGGUGAUCACAGGUGCUGCUCCUUUCCAGACAGAAAGACCGUCUGGUGUGGCUGAAGUGCAGGAGCCGCCAGCUUCUCUGGCCACCGAAGCCCCCAAAAUACCAUCUGAACCCCCGACAGCCACGACACCCAAGAGCCCACAGGACACAUCUGCAGGUGUCUUUGGUGAAUGCUGGUCCGAUGAGGCCUGCAUUUCAUCAGACCUGCCCUUCACGCCCAGCGUUUCCACUGUUAUCAGUCGCCAUGCCGGUCCUCUGGUAGAGAGCCCACAUGACACGGCCGACCCUCAGUGGUCCCCGAGAGAUAGCGGGGCGGGAGAUGCAGAGGAAAGGGAAGGUGAAGGAUCUGACCGUAAGAAGGAAAAGAAGAAGAAGAAACGGAGACCCAGGGACGAAAUGUACGACUUCCACACAGAAAUGCAGAGCGAAAGUGCUUUAUCCGACAGUCCCCAUCAGCCGUGUAAGGAACGGCAGACACAGAUUUUUAAGAAGAAAAAAACCUGCUUUGGUAGAAUAAAGAAGCCGAAAAGCCGUAAGAAGAUUCCCGAGGAGUGGGCGAUCCAUGCAGAACCCUUUGUCCCUGCUUCAGCCUGCGUGCCGCAGGAGCUCGCAACUGAUAUUUCCCAGUCACUCCUUGAAGUCGACAGCGGCCUUGUUUCACUUUCUGAGGACUACACCGAUGGGAGUCUUAUUCCUCUGUCUCUCACCCAAGAUCUUCUGUCCCUCACUGCCACUUCCCCACCAUCCACAAUGCUUGUUGAACCUACGAUGCCCUCUCCAAAGCCUCCCGGUCAAGCCCCCGGUUUAUCCCACCAACACCCCUUGUCCUCGUCAUCCGGAUUCAACGAUAUCCUCAUGGAAACAGAAGAUUCUCUUGCUUGCAAUCUCAGCGACACUCAGCCUUUCAUCUCUCCAGGUGGUACCUUUGAAGAAGCCAUUGUUGGACAAGAUAACACCUACACCGCUUCCAUGGGCACCCAAGAGUCGCCAUUAAAGGAACCCCAGUCGUCCACUCCUGGAAGCGCUUGUUUUGUACCGCCGAUGGAAGCACUGAUCACGGCACCCCCGUUUUCUCCAUCUGGACCUGCGUGGUCUCCUAAUAACCACAAUCAACCCUUUGAUCCCGAAGGUGUUGCCUUUGAGACCUCAGUCUCAGUUCCUGCACCUCUGGCUUCGCCAAAGAGCAAAGCCCCAAAGGAACCAAAGUCCAAACAAGGCAAGAAGUCGUCUGGGUCGUCCUCAUCAAAGAGUCCAACCUCCCCUGAAGCAAAGUUGGCGUCUCCCCAGAAUUCUGGUCUAAAUCCGGCCGCUCCUCCGUUCUUCCCUAGUUUUGCAGAACCUCGGGAGCUCGCCGAAGACACGCCCUUCACGUUGGAAGAAAACUCUGAGAAGAACAAGCCGCAGGCGAACAAAAUAGACACUGUGCAGAAGAUUGAUGACUUUAAUGUUUUCAGCAAGACGGACAAAGAUCAGAAGAUGGAAACGGUGGAGGAGAAACACAAAACUAGCCACACAGACGAACAGACAACCAGAGAAAACACUGAAGCUCUGGACAACAACAAAGAUGUGGACAAAUCAGAGAAAACAGACAAGGAUGAAGCCGUUCACAAAGUAGAAGCGCCAGUGAAAGUUGAGAGGAUUGAACAAAAAACUACAAAAGAGGAGACUGAAAAAUCUGAUGAGGUCGAGGUAGAAAAGAGUGAAUCCUCCCCAAAGAUGGAGAAGGAGAAGGAGAAGGUGGAGCUGAAGACACAAGAAGUGAAAGUCAAGGAGAGCAAGUCGGAUCAGAAAGCAGAGGAAGAUAAAGAACAGGUGAAGGAAGUGGAGAAGGAGAAAGUGGAACAGAAGACAGAACAAGUCCAAACAGAAAAGGACAAAGCAGAACAGAAAACAGAAAAGAUUGAGCCGGCUGACAAGAAACCUGCCAAAGCUGAGAAGGACGAGAAAGCCAAAAAACCAGCUGCUAAGCCCUCGGCGGCCAAACCUGCGGUGAGCAACGGUGCACCUGGAAAAGACCUGACCAGUCCUGAGAAGAAGACCAAGCCAGUCGCCGGCGCAACCAAACCUAGCUCUGCCAAGCCCCGGCCGAGCUCCGCCUCCAGCGCUACAGCCGCGCCCAAGCGUCCCACCCCGACCUCUGCCCCCCUCAGCAAAAAAGCCCCUGUGCCCAAAGCACCUGCCCCGGCCGCUGGCACCAAACGUCCCGCCACGUCGUCCACACGACCCUCCACCUCGUCCAGCACAGUGACCAUAGAGGUCAAGCCCAAGACGGCUGUGCCAAAGACCUCUGUCGCCCCGGCUCGGCCCCCCGCAGACAAACCUGCGACCGCAGCACGCCCUGCCACCACGACACGCAGCACAGCCAGCGCCGCGGCAGCACGGCGCCCCGUCACAAAGACUGAGAGCAAACCAGGAGACGAGAAGAAACCAAGCACACUGAAAACCACAGAUGCGGCCCGCUCUAAACCUGCGCCUCUCAAAGCCUCCACCACUACAAGCAGCGCCGCCGCUCGCCCUCGCACCACCAAGACCCCCGUCUCCAGCAGCACUACAGCAGCAGCUGCUGCGCCCGAGAAGAAGCCGGCGGUGCCCCGCGCACCUCGACCCGCCUCUGCCUCCACCUCCAGCGCCAGCGCCUCCACCCGCACCACAGCACGGCCCGGCUCCACACCAGCACCCGGUAAAAACAUCCGCUCAAAGAUCGGCUCCACAGACAACAUCAAAUACCAGCCUGGAGGAGGAAAGGUGUCUCAGAGCAGGACUGACGCUCAGAGCUCGCCCUCCAAAGAGACCAGCCAGGCCAAAGUUCAGAUAGUCUCCAAAAAACUGGACUACAGUCACGUGACUUCUCGCUUGGGCUCCAAGGACAAUAUCAAACAUGUUCCUGGUGGCGGGAACGUGCAGAUUCUCAACAAGAAGGUUGAUUUGAGUAAAGUGACCUCAAAGUGCGGCUCCAAAGCCAACAUCAAACACAAACCAGGUGGAGGCGAAGUCAAGAUCGAGAGCCGGAAGGUCAACUUUAAGGAGAAAGCUCAGCCCAAGCUCGAUGAUAAUGUAAUUCACGAGCCCGGAAGCUGGAGAAGUAAGAUUGAGUCUUUCAAGCUAAAUUUCCGCGAGAAGGCCCGCUCUCGCACGGACCACGGCGCCGACAUCAUCACCUGGCCCGUCUCGGGUGACAGCCCUGCCCCCCCCCACCUGCUCCGCAGCAGCGUCUCGCUCAACGACUCCCUCGCGACCGCCGGCAUCCCUCGCUCUCACACCACCCCGGCCCUCUCCUCCUCACAGGAACAAGGCUCGCUCACCGGACUCUGGAUAUGAUUUCUGUCUUUUCAUUGGCCCGCUGCUCUCUAAACCCCGCCCCCUACCAUUGCUAAGACUCAUGUGAUUGGUGUGCUCUCUGUUGACGUUCUUGAUUCCUGAUUGGUGAGGCUGUACAGAUUACAGUCAUCAGGAUGCGCUAAAAAAUGAAGGCUGCUGACCCGAGGGUCUGUAAACUCUGAGGUUACACUCUGAGUACAUCCUGCUACAUCACUUGUUGUAGAUCUGAUCACAUGCAAACACAUCUGGACAUCAUCUCUAGCUGCCUUCAAGUCCUCAUGGGAAGUUCGUACUUACGAGUUGUUUACGAUGCGAUCGUGUCAUGUGAUUUUAGAUGGAAAAAAAUCACUUUCUGACCAAACCAAGAAGCUUCUUUUAGUGCCAAAGCAACAAAAUGAACAGCAAAGCAUGUGCAUUAGAUGUGUGCAUUUGAUCAUUCUAAUGAAUAGGGAAUGUAGAUUGGUUUUGUGAAGAUUUAAUUCACGUUCACACUACAUUUCGAGCAUGCAAAGUGUCUACAGAUUUGAAAUACACUGAAAAAAAAAAAAAUUGGUGCACGAACAGUUUUCGCUCAGAAACGGCUUAAUUUCACAAACAAUUACAAAGAAACCGCAUGCAACGCGUUUGAAUUAGACGCGCAAUUGUAAAGUAGAAGAAUUGAAAUAUUUUCCUUUAUUUACUACUAUAAAAAGAAAAAAAAAUUGUAAAAUGGUGUUUUUUUUUUAAUAAAAAUAUGCAAUCUGCAAUCUACUGAAAUAUACUGCAAGUCUGCAGAUUUAAAGUUUGCUGUUUUUGUUUAAUUCAGCUAAGACGUCACUCCACGUGCAUGAGCUUGCUUUUCCUCUCUCCACGUUUGCAUGCGUGUGAAUCGAAGUCAGUAGAACGUAAAGUGUAGUGUGAUCGUCCCUUUAUGCCUCAAAAAUUGUCUAAAUGAAUAUUAUCUGAAACUUUUACAUCUAAAAUGGCUAACAACAGCUCCAACUCGGAAAGUCCCCCAACAUCAGAUGUCAGAUUUGGGUGGCGCUCGUCUCGUAAGCACGAUCAUUUCUGCUUGAUUUGAAGGCAGCAUCAUUCAGCAUACAGGGCUGUCAUGUGACCCUCUCUCACCUUCACCCUUGACCUCCAGCAGAGCUGUCAUCGGAGCACAUAGGCUUUCUGAAUCUCUCUCUAAAGCUGUUUUGUGAUGGUGUGUUUGAGUGAAUACUGUAGCAAUGAACCGCUUUCCUUCGACUCUUCGUUUUAUUUUUCGUGACCAGCAGAUGUUUCCUUUUCCUUGUUAUUGUAAAGCAAUAUAACAGUCUCCUAUAAUGCCUAUAAGACAUGAAACUCCACUUAAACGCACAGUAAACAGCACUCAGUGUCAAACGCAGCUCCAGACGGCUUCAGGAACGUGUAGAGGGUCUGAGGUG